UGCUUUCGCGCCAAAGUUGUAUUCACUCUCCUGUGCGACGCCGCAGACAGUGCUGUAAAGACCGUGAAGAAUGUGUAGUUUGCCAUUUUGGUAAUGUCUUUUGCUGGAUUUUGGGUCAUAGGUGUGUAAAUCUUUAUAUCGCAGAGAUUGCAUCAAUUUCCGACGGGGGAACUAUGUCUCAGGCUCGAGUUACAGAUUUCUUCUCUCAAAAAAGGCACGGUUCCGUCGGUCAGAGGCUCGCGAAGCAAAACAACAGUGGUGCUGUGGGCAAUGUCUGUUCUGGGGUGGUCACCGCAACGAGGACACAGUCCACCCGGCUUAAAAACAAAGAAGUAACCUCGAAAACAACCACUUCCAUUUGUUCACCCUCCAUCCAUGAGGAGUUUCUUCGAGUUAUCGACGAGGUAGCCGGAGUUAAUGGACAAGAGGUCCCCGUCAGCCGCACGCCGUCAGAUUCCCCCACCAGCCCACGGACACCGAAGCGGACUUCAGCCGAGGCACAGUUUGAUAUCGGCGCUGCUGUGUUUUCAACCACCGCCAACCACAGCACCGCUAAGAAGAGACGGCACGCGGAGGCCAGCAGAGAUGCUAAAGCUAACAUGCCGGAAAAAACAACGAGGAAGACGGCUAGGAAGAAACUGGUCCUUUCCCAAGACACACAACAGUCCUUGUCCAAGCCUCCAACACCACCUGGCACUGAAGCUGACAACCAGCUAUCAAGCAGCUCUCCACCAAUGAGCCAAGCUACUAACAGCAAGCCCACUGGACAAGAGGCCAGCAAGGUGCUGUCGAAAGAGAAUGCUGCAGCUCUUAAGUUACGCUUGCAGAAGAUCAAGAAACAGGCAGAGAAACUGCACGGUGCUGCCUCCUCUUCUUCAGCCGACCUAGCACCUGAGAACACCCCUGCCUCUGUUUCCAAACCACCCAGCUCUGAUGCCACAAUCCUAAAGGCCACUGUGGCACGAGCCAGAGAGCUAGCUGCUAAAGUACAGGGGAGGAAGGAAAGGGAGGCUGACGAGGGCAGUCAGAGUAAGAUACAGUCUCCAGAAAGUACUAAGCUGCCAGGCUACCAGCGCUUCCACACCCUUGCACAGCCAGCCUCCCCUGGACUGUCCCUGCCGUACCAGUACAAGAUUCUGGCAGAGAUGUUCAGGAGCAUGGACACGAUUGUUGGCAUGCUGUAUAACCGAUCAGAGACUGCAACCUUUAUCAAGGUCAAACAGGGUGUUCAAGACAUGAUGCACAAGCGUUUUGAGGAGAGUCAUGUUGGCCAGAUAAAAACAGUGCUUCCUGAUGCAUACACCUUCAGACAGGAGAAGAACAUCCCCACAUUCAGCUCCAACAUCAAGAAAGGAAGCUACCAGCUUACCAUGGAGCCCAUCAUCCACACUGACCAGAAUGAAGCUCGACCUGUCCUGUCAGCCUCUUGUCUCUUGGAGAGGAGACAGCUCUUCCACCUCAACCUGCUUUCCAUUGUCAAACAGCAUCACAAGGCCUUCCUGUCCUCAUUGGUUCCUCCAGUGUCUGUACCAGAAACCAAACUGACUCGCUGGCACCCUCGUUUCAAUGUGGACAUGGUACCGGCAGUCUCCAUUAGCCCGCUGCCUCAGCCCCCUGUCAUAGAGAAACUUAGCACCGCCCAGGAGGUUCUGGAGAAGGCCCGCACACUUAUGACACCAAAGAUGGAGAAGGCUUUGGCCUCCAUGGCUCUGAAAACAGCAGAUGAAGUGGUUGGGAGCAAAGAGCUGGUUUCUCCUGAGACCCCUACAACUGUCACUACAGUUCCUUCUUCAGCAGCUGCCUCAUCUGUCUCUGCAGCUCACACCCCAGAUGCCCUCAAAGGAGUGUCCCAGUCCCUGCUGGACAGGAUCCGAGCGAAGGAGGCCCAGAAGCUUCAGGCGGCAAUGACUCGAAACCCUGCCCAGGAGGAGCGCCUGCUGAUGAUAUCACGGCUCGGGGAGCUGGCCAGGAUCCUACGAAACGUCUUUGUUGCUGAGAAGAAACCAGCUCUGAUUAUGGAACUGGCCUGCAGCAGGAUGGUGGCUAGCUAUAAAUCGGUUCUAAGCACAGGUGAGAUGGAGAAACACCUCCGGCUGUUGGCAGAGCUGGCCCCAUAUUGGCUGACCAUCCAUCCGAUCAGGAAGGACUUCUACCUGAAGCUGAAUAAAAGUACAGAACUGAGCAUUGUUCAGGAUAAACUCAGCACCAAGCUCAAAGAGGAGGAGCGACUCUGAAGACAGCAUCUAGUGAGAGAAUGACCAAGAGUGAAUUCUAGUCACAAUUCUCAGGCUAUGUCUCAAGUCUACAGUAUGUGGGUUCGAGGACAAACACUGAAGAAAUUUCACAACUCGCUGACCAUGAUAUCAGGAAAGGCAUUAAAUGAUACUUCAGCAGGAAUUCAGUCUCUUUCUCUGGAACUGACAUCAGGGAGACCAAUCUGAUUUCCUUAUGAGGUCAAAAGAGAGAUUUGUGUGGCUGACAGGAAGGAGUAAAAUAAUACUCAGGGCAGUUUUCAGGUAAUGUUAUACAGUCAGUUUUAAAUGGGAUUGUGAUUAUGUUGCAUCUCAUUGGAGAUGUUUUUUUUUUAAAUUUAUUUUAAUUUUCUGUGGCAGUAGAAAUGGAGCUUGUUCACCCUUGGAGAGUCUAAAUGAAAUUCCAGGACUUGAGAAAGUUUGUAGUAAUUUUAUACAGUCAUUUGUGGCUGAAUGAAUACCAGUUUUAACACAUCAGUUUUUAAAUACCUGUCCUUUCUCACUUCUCCAUGGUUUUGUUGGUAGUGGCCAUAUGUCCUCCAGUCUGCGCAGCUGGUGUUUUGAGGUGCACUUGUCUUAAUUUUAGCAUUGCAUUACAUCAGUAUUCCUUUAAACACCACUGUCUACUUCUUGGAUAUAAUGCUUUGUCUCAUAACAGACUCUUCCUGCAUCUUCAGCAGUGUGUGGAGACAUCACUUGCCUAACGUCCUCUGCUCAGUUUUGAUUUUUAGCAUCAAAGCUGUGUUACUUAACUUUAGCUGGCCAAUGCUAAAUAGAUGUUUAGGAAGUUGUUAAGAUUUGUGGUGCACAAGGCCUUGAAACACUGCCUUGUUGUGUCUGUUACUAGCAGGGCUCAUGAGUGAGUUUUAUGUUGAGCAGGAGAAAAGGCCUCUGAUUGCACCAAAACCUAAAAGAAUUUCAUCACUUUGGCUUCCAGUGGUGAGUUUUCAGCCAUGGCUAUACUGAUUCAUAGAAAUCUGAAAAUGCAUCUUUGUCAAUUUUGCCAUUCCUUCCACACUAGAAUACCUUGGCCACUGAAAACACUGUCCUAAGUGGGUACAUUUGGAAACGCUGUUUUUGCACUGUAGUGCAACUAGCGAAAAUACUCGUAACAGUUGCUUACAUGCAAAUGUCUAGUCUGUAUGUGUUUUAGUCCUUGUAGUGAUCAGCAUUCUACAAUGUAGGACUGGUAUUACACUGGGAUGAGUUGAAAUCAGGAGAUUUGCAAUGUUCAGCCUGUAUCUGUAAAUGCUUACUGUUGAAAUACAGUGUGUGAAAUAUAGUGUGUUUCUGGAUUCUAGUAGAAGUGGAUCACUCAGAGAGAAAUGUUCUUUUUUUUUUAUUGUGUAAAGAUUGUCAUGGUUUGUUUUUUGAGUUAUGGAAUUUUAUUUAGAAGGCAAACUGUCAAUACUUUGUCAUGAUUGAAAAAUAAAAAGCAUGCCUUACAAAU